AUGUCGUCCCCACUUCGAGUUCUCGUCACCGGUGCUGCCGGUCAGAUUGGUUACUCUCUUGUGCUCCAGAUUGCCAAAGGAGAUGUUUUCGGAAAGGAUACCCCAGUUACCCUUGUUCUGCUCGAUAUCCCACCAAUGGCUACCGUACUAGAAGGAGUACAGUUUGAACUGCAAGAUUGUGCCUUGCCGACGCUGCAUGGUAAGUAUUGA